AUUUCUCCUCUGCUCAAUUCCAGCGCGUUUUUCUGCAUUUUCCUCACCUACCACAACACAAAUCCGAAAACGCAGUAUGCUUGGCCAGAACCUGACACGGAUCCUGCGGGCACCGACGACCCAGUUCUACCGGACAAAGCUCGACGGCUUGUUCGGUGGAACAGCAAUUCAGCAUGGCAACAACAAGCCCAAGUCGCUGCAUAAGACGCGGCGGAUCUGGCUGCCGAAUAUUCAAAUGGUGGAGCUGUACUCUGUGAUCCUGGACCAGAAGAUCAAGGUGCGGGUAACGAACCGGGUUCUGCGCACGAUUGACAAGAAGGGCGGUCUGGACAACUAUCUGCUGGAGACCAAGGACAAGAAUAUCGCGAGUGAGCUCGGCCUGGAGCUCAAGCACCUAGUUAAAAACGACGAUCGGUGGGCUGUGUGA